AGCUCUUGGCGACUCAAGGAAGAAAGUUAGCCCAUUUCCUUCCAAAGCACACGCUAGAAAGCGAGGAAGACUAUAAAAUCGUUGGAAUUCCACCACCACCACAGCGGGAAAAGAGGAGAUAGAGCGAGCGAGCAAUGUAUUGUUAUAAAAAUAAUCCAUCGUGGAGUUUAGGGUUUUAGGAGGGCAAAUGGCGGCUGCGUCCGCCAAGCGCGGCGCCGAGGAUGAUCUCGCGUCGCCAUCGCUCAAGCAGGCCAAGAUUUCCGAGACGCUAGCGCCGGCGGCGAUCGAGCGGGGUUGCAUUCACGAAAUCGCGUAUCCGGAUGGAUUCCAGGCUUCAGGUGAGAAGCGUGACGCUCCCGCGAAGCCUGCCAAGGAGUAUCCCUUCACGCUCGACGCUUUCCAGCGUGAGGCGAUUGCGGCAUUGGAAGCUGGAGAAUCAGUCAUGGUCUCGGCACACACGUCGGCAGGCAAGACUGUGGUCGCGGAGUAUGCGAUUGCCAUGGCUCUAAGAGAUCAGCAGCGUGUGCUUUACACAUCUCCUAUCAAGGCGCUGAGCAACCAAAAGUUUCGAGAGCUCGCGGAGGAGUUUUCGGACGUGGGGCUGAUGACUGGUGACGUUACAAUCUCCCCCAAUGCGUCUUGCUUGGUCAUGACUACCGAGAUUUUGCGGAGCAUGCAGUAUCGAGGGUCAGAAGUCAUGAGAGAAGUUGCGUGGAUAAUUUUUGACGAAGUUCACUACAUGAGAGACCGGGAACGAGGAGUGGUGUGGGAAGAAAGCAUUGUCAUGGCUCCUAAGAACGCCCGUUUUGUUUUUCUAUCAGCGACGGUGCCAAAUGCUAAAGAAUUCGCUGACUGGGUUGCAAAGGUUCAUCAACAACCUUGUCACAUCGUGUAUACUGACUUCAGACCAACGCCUCUACAACACUAUAUUUUUCCCGCCGGUGGGGAUGGUUUGUAUCUUGUCGUCGAUGAGCAAGGUACGUUUCGAGAGGACAGUUUCUCGAAAGCAGUGAACGCAGUUGCAAUUGCCGAUCCAAAGAAGGACGGAAAAUGGCAAAAGCGAAAAGAAGAAGGAAAGGACGAACCAAGUGACAUCUGGAAGAUUGUGAAAAUGAUUAUUGCACGGCAAUAUGAUCCAGUAAUAGUGUUCAGUUUUAGCAAGAGGGAUUGCGAGCAUCUUGCAAUGCAGAUGUCAAAAAUGGACCUUAACUCAGAAGAUGAAAAGAAACUUGUUGAAGGCAUAUUUCGAAAUGCCAUGGACUCUUUAUCUGAAGACGAUAAAAAGCUUCCUCAGGUCUCUCUGGCCCUGCCUUACUUGAAGCGCGGAAUCGGAGUGCAUCACUCGGGCCUGUUGCCCAUUCUUAAAGAAGUUAUUGAGAUAUUAUUUCAAGAAGGGCUCGUAAAGUGCCUGUUUGCUACAGAGACAUUCAGUAUUGGACUGAAUAUGCCUGCCAAGACAGUCGUGUUCACGAACGUUCGCAAGUUUGAUGGUGACAAGUUUCGCUGGAUAACCAGCGGCGAAUAUAUUCAAAUGAGUGGACGCGCAGGGCGUAGAGGGCUUGACAAUUUUGGCGUAUGUAUUUUUAUGCUAGAUGAGAAGCUAGAACCAGCUGUUGCGAAGCAGAUAGUGAAGGGCACUGCCGAUCCACUGAAUAGUGCUUUUCAUCUCAGCUAUAAUAUGAUAUUAAAUCAGAUGCGCUGUGAAGAGAGUAACCCAGAAGACUUACUUCGCCAGUCCUUUCACCAAUUUCAGUCUGAUCGAAGCUUACCAAUCCUUGAGCAACGCGUGAAGAAUCUGGAAGAAGAAAGAGCUUCUGUUCUUAUUGAAGAAGAGGAGAAGCUAGCAGAAUACUACUCAUCGGUCAAUCAGUUGAGGAAAAUAAAGAAUCAGAUACGGGAGAUUAUACUCGCUCCUCGAUCUUGUCUUCCGUUUCUUCAACCUGGGCGUCUAGUGCGGAUAUUCAGAUCUGCUGAUGCAGUGGAGCAACAGAAUAGCGUACUAAUGGAGCAAGAUCCUGCUGUAUGGGGCGUUAUUAUCAACUUUGAGAAGGCUCAGUCAAAGGACUCAGAUGAAGAUGAUCCUUUCGAAUCAAAGCCGCGAAAGCACUUGAAAUACGUGGUGGACGUGCUGGUGAACUGCGUAACUGAGAAAGAAGGGGACAGACCGAAGGUGGCACGUCCUGUAUCUCUGGAUGAGGAUGGGCAACCUUUAGUUACAGCAUUUCCUUUGUCUCAAGUGGAGAGCCUUAGUGCCGUUCGGAUUCGUAUUCCAAGAGAUUUGCGUCCAGCGGAAGCGAGAGAGCAGACCUUGAGGACCGUACUGGAAGUACUGAAAAGGUUUCCCGACGGAUUGCAGCUUUUAGAUCCCGAGGAUGAUAUGAAGGUGGAAAGCAGCGAUUACAAGAAGUUGGUGCGACGAGUGGAAGCACUGGAAACUCUGAUAGCAAAACAUCCAGUUGCAAAAUCUCCAACUCUAAAUGAACGAUUGAGGCUGCUCCAGAAGAAGGAAGAUCUAGCCGAGACCAUUCGUGUAGCGCGGAAGGAAGUGCGUGCUGCGUCCGCUCUAAUAUUCAAGGACGAACUAAAAGCGCGUCGAAGAGUUUUACGUCGUUUAAGUUAUGCCACCAGGGACGACGUUGUGCAACUCAAGGGGCUCGUGGCCUGCGAGAUAAGCAGCGCGGACGAGCUCAUUGUCACGGAACUGAUAUUCAAUGGUGUUUUCAAGGACGUCACAGCAGAGCAAGCUGCCGCGCUAUUGUCAUGCUUCGUGUGGCAAGAGAAGACGAAAAUGGCGAAGCCGCUGUCUCAAGAACUUGCUGGACUGUUUUCGCAGCUCCAGGACACAGCCAGGCAAGUUGGAAAACUCCAAGUGGAAUGCAAGGUUCCAGUCGAUGUGGAGGAAUACGUGAAUUCGUUUCGGCCGGAUAUAAUGGAGGGAGUCCAUGCCUGGUGCACCGGAAAGAGCUUUCUGGAGGUGUUGAAAGUGGCGGAGGUGUUUGAAGGGAGCUUGAUCCGGGCGCUUAGAAGGCUAGAGGAGCUUGUCCAGCAACUGGUCACAGCCUCGAAAGCCAUUGGAGAGGCAGACAUGGAGGCCAAGUUCCAGGACGCAAGCACCAAGAUGAAAAGAGACAUUGUGUUUGCGGCGUCUCUAUACCUAUGAAUCACAUUUUUGUACAUUAAAUCUUUGUACAUAAUCUUCUAUUAGUGUCAA